AUGACACAUUCCCAAAACAAAAAACCGUACCCAACACCUCUCACAAUACCGCCCUUGAGCACCCAACACACGCACACAUUCAUCAUCCUGCACGGACGAGGCAGCAAUGCAGAACGAUUUGGUCGCGAACUGCUCUCCUCAGCAAAUCUUGCGCAGCGUCUGCCAACUGUCAAAUUUGUCUUCCCUACAGCACGCAAGCGUAGAUCUACAGCACUGAAAAGGAUUCCUAUCAAUCAGUGGUUUGACAACUACAGCCUUGAUGAUCCAAAUGUGAGGCCUGAUCUGCAGAUUGAUGGACUGAUGGAGACUGCCGAAUUUCUGCGCGAACUUAUUAGCCAGGAAGCUCGUGUGUUUGAAAACCAGGCGAGCGAUGAGUCAGGGUAUCGCAAGAUCGUCCUUGGCGGGUUGAGUCAGGGAUGUGCCGCGGGGAUUUUCACUUUGCUAGGCGGACUUGGUGAAAGAGGCGAUGAGAGGGUCGGAGCGUUUUUUGGUAUGAGUGGAUGGCUGCCAUUUGAAAGGCAGCUGGGCGAUAUUCUUGGAUCAGAUGUCGGCGGGUCUGAGACAGACGGCCUAGAACAGGAUGAUCUGUUAAGUGGUGAUAUACAAAACCUAAGCAUGCAAGAUUCCGAUAGCGAGAAUGAGGAUGAUGAAAGUGAAGAAGAGAGCGACAGCGAAGACGAUGAGGAGCAGCCCACCAUCGACGACAACACAUUUAGUGAUACAGAAUGCGACCCUUUUGCUCCAGCUGCCGAUGAAGACGACGACUUUGACCCGUUUCAGUUGGAUACAUCAAAGAGCCCUGGUGUAUCAAAAGACCAAAUCACUCGUACGACAGACGCCAUCAACCACAUCCGAGACAUUCUCGACCUUCCACCAAUUUCCACACCCGUAUCCGAAGAGGGCAGCACCACUGGCCAAACCGCCUCGUCUCAAACAACCAAAGUAGGAAUUCCCUCUCUCCAAACCCCGGUUUUCCUUGGCCAUGGAUGUGAAGAUCCCAAAGUGUCAGUUCAUCUGGGUGAGAAAAUGGCACGGUUGUUAGCAGAUCAGAUGCAGAUGAAUGUUACAUGGAAGGCGUAUGAGGGCUUGGGGCAUUGGUAUCGGAUUCCAAAUGAGAUUGAUGAUAUUAUCCGGUUUUUACAAGAAAAGGUUGAUAUUCAGUAG